GAGAGAGAGAGAGAAAGAGAGAUGCCCCGCCUUCGUGUAUUAAAAGUUUCAACUUUUCUGUAACGUUUUCAACUUCUCUGGAUUUAGUAAAAUGACAACAGAUAUUGAUACUGCAUGCGAUCCCACUGAGAUUGGAGAUGAACAUCGUAAGGUUGCUCCUGGUAUCCCUUUUUAUAGAAAACUGUGCUAUGCAGUUGGAGGAAUGCCAUAUCAGAUGACAGGCAAUGCCAAAGGUUUCUUCAUGCAGAUAUUCUUACUGGAUGUUGUGCAGAUGAACCCCUUCAAUGUGUCUUUCAUUCUGUUCCUCGGUCGGGCCUGGGAUGCCAUCACCGACCCCCUGGUGGGCUACGCCGUCAGCAAGAGCGGCCGGACACGUAUCGGCAAGCUCAUCCCAUGGAUUGUGUUCACCACACCUUUUGGGGUUCUGUCUUACGUCAUGCUGUGGUUUACCCCUCAGGCCACCAUGACUCCUGCCACAAGCUUCUGCUGGUAUUUCCUCUGGUGUUGUCUGUUUGACACCUUCAUGAGUUGCUAUCAUGUUCCAUACUCUUCACUCAACAUGUUCCUUGGUGGAGGCCAGAGAGAUAGAGACUCUGCAACUGGAUACCGGAUGGGAAUGGAGGUCUUUGCGACGCUGGCUGGCGCAGCCAUUCAGGGUCAGAUUGUUGGGGUGUACCAUGCAAAGAGAGCCCAAGACUGCAGUAUGCUGAACCAGAGUGAUUCUCUGCGUCUAAACCACUCUUCCCCGUCCAACAAUAACACUGUCUCGCCGCUCACAGACACCCUGCAGAACACAAGGAGGGCCUACGUGGUUGCCGCGGUGAUCUUGGCUGCGCUGUACUUUGUGUGUUGUGUGGUGCUGUUCCUGGGAGUCAAAGAGCAGCUGGCUCCGCUGAGUAAACUGGACCGCAUGCAGGUGCCGUACCUGACUGGGAUGAGGAUGGUGUGGGGACACACACCCUACGUCUGGCUGGUCUUCGGUUUCCUCUUCUCCUCUCUGGCUUUCCAGCUGUCUCAGGGUAACCUUGCUCUCUUCUGCACCCAUGCUGCCGGGAUGGGCAGGUACUUCCAGCACCUCGUACUCAUUCUCCUGACCUCGGCCACGCUGGCCAUCCCUCUGUGGCAGUUGGUGCUGGUGAGAGUUGGCAAGAAGACGACCAUAUUCAUCGGCCUAUCUUUUUACAUGCCGGCCCUGGCGGUGAUCGGCACUGUAAACAGUCAGCUGGUGGUCUUCAUUCUGAUGUCCAUGUUGGCUGGCUCUAGUCUUGCUGCACUCUACCUGUUGCCAUGGUCAAUGCUGCCAGAUGUGGUGGACGACUUUAAGCUGAAAAACCCGUCCUGCUCAGACCUGGAACCCAUGUUCUAUUCCUUCUUCGUCUUCUUCAACAAGUUUGGAGGAGGCAUGGCGGCAGGAGUCUCCACGCUAGCUCUUUAUUUUGCAGGCUACAAGCCGGGGGCGUGCAAGCACAAUGAGGUGGUGAUCACCACGCUGCGGGUGCUCUCUGCCCCCGUGCCCAUUGCUCUGAUCGUGGUGGGCAUGGGACUCUUCUACUUUUACCCUAUCAACGAGAAACGGCGGCAGGAAAUACAAUGUGCCCUCAAGCAGGCUGUGAACGGGGACACGGUGAGAGAAGACUUUCCCCUCUGAAGACCAACGAGGAGUAUGGACAACACAUGGACAUUUUCAUUAAUUAACCUCUUAUAUACCUUU